UUCUUCACCCGCAGAAGAUGCAAGCUCUUUCUCCCGCCAGCUCUCCUCAUCCGCAAAGGGUUGGGCACGGGUGUCACUCAUCGCCAUGACAACUGGCACGCGGCCGCUUCCCCCUCCCUCCGCUGUUACCAACCGGCAGUCUCUCCGGCAACUCUCUUGAGCUGUCCUCUCCGCGAGUCCGGCUAAGGGCUGAUCCGGACCUGGCUGGGCCCGCAGGCAAGGGGAGAAUUCCUCCCUCCAGUACUAAUACAGAACAUGGCCUCGAAGAAACCCGAUUCGCUGCUUCAGGACCUGGACCUGAGCGCCGAGGAAGUGAAGAAGCUAACGAAUGCCUUCGAGGACCCGGAGUUCCGGCGGCUCUUCGGGGAGUAUGCGGCGGAGUUGUCGGAUCCAGAGAAUCGGAGGCGCUACGAAGAGGAAAUUACGGCGCUGGAGCGGGAGCGCGGCGUGAAGGUGCAGUUCGUGCACCCGGAGCCGGGCCAUGUGCUGCGCACCAGCCUUAACGGGACUCAGCGGUGCUUCCUGAACAUCUGCAGCAACCCGUUACUGGACCAGCCCAGCAGCCAACCCGGCAUCGGCGGCCCUCAGGGCUCCUCGCGGGGACAGCUCUGGUCCCUGCCUUACAGCCUGGCUCCGGGCCGCGAGUACAUGGGCGGCCAGGGGACCCGCUACAAGGUCUACGACAUCAUCUUCCAUCCGGACACGCUGUCGCUGGGCAAGCGCCACGAGCGAUUCCGGAGCAUGAUCAAUGCCACCGCCCUAGAGGCUGUGGAAAAGCAGUUCGGCGUAAAGCUGGACCGACGCAACGCCAAGGUCCUGAAAAUCAAGUACAAAGGCACGCCGGAGGCAGCCGUGCUGCGCACGCCCCUCCCAGGAGGCCCCCCGCCCGCGCCCGAGGGGGAGGAGUCAGGGGACAGCCCUCUGCCCGCCUUCCCCUAUCCCUACGCCUAUCCCGAUGGCGCGAAGGCCAGCGCCACGCAAGCCCGCAGCGACGCGCCUCCCCGGGAGGAGCCUCCAGACCCCGCCCCCACCGUGCCGCGUCACAGCAUAGUGCAACGGCACCACGUGGAUCUGCAGGAUUACCGGUGCUCCCGGGAUUCCUGCCCCAGCACUAUACCCCGAGAGCUGGUAGUGAGCAUCGAACUCCCCCUGCUGCGCUCUGCCGGACAAGCUGUCUUGGAGGUGACCGAGAAGCAGCUGUUGCUCAAUUCGCGCAAGCCCGACUACAGUCUUCAUCUCCCGCUUCCUUAUCCCGUAGAGGAGAGCCGAGGUAGUGCUCAGUUCAACAAGGCCAAGCGGCAGCUGAUCGUUACCUUGCCCGUGGUGCCUCCAAAGCACGGCAUAGACCACCCGGACCCGCAGGAAGAGAAAGAGGUAGACGUGGAGGAAAAGGCAAAGGAAGAGAAGAAAAAGGAGGAGGAAGAAGAGAACAAGAGGGAGGAAGAAGACAACAAGAGGGAGGAACAAGACAACAAGAGGGAGGAACAAGACAACAAGAGGGAGGAAGAAGACAACAAGAGGGAGGAAGAAGACAACAAGAGGGAGGAACAAGACAACAAGAGGGAGGAACAAGACAACAAGAGGGAGGAACUAGACAACAAGAGGGAGGAACAAGACAACAAGAGGGAGGAACAAGACAACAAGAGGGAGGAAGAAGACAAAAAAAAGUUGAAGGAAGAGGAGAAAAAGAAAGAGAAGGGGGAAAAGGAGGAGGGAGCUGUCCGGGGAGAGGGACUACCGAAGCAAGCAGGGACGGAGGAUUUGGUGAAGUCUUUGGCAUCUAAAGGCAUGCCGGAAACUGAUGGCUCUCAGUCUGUUUGCACUUCCGAGGAAAUAGGAAGCCAGUCUGAUGAGCUCUUAAGGGAUACUGGAAUGGUUAAAGAUUGGAGCCAAGACAUUUCUCCAGAUGCCCUCAUAACUUUCCAAUCUUGCCCUGAGAAUGCCUGGGCUUUAUCUGGUAAAGAAAUGAUAGACUCUCAGGAAGGUACUACCGAGGACCCAGCUGCUGGGAUUGUGGCUGUUCCACCAGAUGCUUCAGAGCUGUCGCUUGUUGCAAAUCCCCCAAGUUGCACUAGAGAGGAGGAUCUUCCUAUGAUCUUACCCGGGAGAAGUAAUGAAAUGCCAGCCUCUGGGGUACUGAACGUACCAAGGAAUGCAGGUCCAUCUGGUACUUCAGGGCAGCCACUUAGUAGUAAAGCAAAUUUAUCAAAUGGCACUGUUAGAGAGGAGCCUGCCUUACCUGGGGACUGUAAUGAGGUACCAUCCUCUGGGACUUUGAGUUUUCCAGGUAAUACAGGUUCACUAGAAGAAUCCAAAAAGAAAACUAGUAGAAAGGAAAGUUUUCCAGAGAAUCCGAAUAAAGUUCAACCUAGAGAAACAGUUUUUUCAGAGACUAAAAGAGGGAAAAUGUUAUGCCCUCCUUUGAAGUGUAAUCAAGAUGAAGAAUCUCUCAUUUUGUUGAUCCAAGUGCCUCAGAUCCAACCACAAAGCCUUCAGAGUGAUCUGAGCCCCCAUCAAUACAAACUUUGCUUCUCAACGCAAGAUGUUUCUUAUUCAUUCAUUUUGCAGUUUGCUCCUGAAAAUAAGUUGAGCUGUAAGAAACCGAAAAUUAAUAUUUCUUCAUUCAAUACAGUGAUAGAAUUUGCCAAGUCUCCCGAGAGUUAUGGGCACUGGCGAAAGUGGUAUUUUGGUUUGAGCAACAACUGUUUGCAGGAAAGAUUUUUUGUCAUUGAAGAAAAUGUUGAUGAAUUUCUUGAAGGUGUUUUCAAUUUUGAAAAACCAGCUCCCAAAAACCAGCCAUUAAUUGAAGUACUUGAUGUUAGUGAUAAGAAGACCGAAAUUCAGUUAAAGUCAAUAGACGGAGAAGUAGAAGUACAAGAAGUAGAUGGCCAAAAUCAGCAUAAUGGAAAAGAACAAAGAAUUAAAAUAAGAAGCCAUCUGACUGAAAAAGAAAAUAAACUUCAGAUAAAUACAAAAAACAAUAAUAGUAAAACUGAUGUCGAAAAAGAACAUACAAAAGGAAACAUCAAACCUUCUGAUAGUUAUACAGCAGAUAAAGCAUUAAAAAAGAGAAGCUGCAGGUCAGCCCUCUGCCUGCAACAUGACCCUGCUGGUGCUGCUACAGAAGUUAUUGGAAAAUCUCAACAAUCUGACUCGGUGUCCAAACCUGUUUUCACAAAAGAAAAAAUCGCCAUUUAUUCAAAUAAUGAAAAACAAAACUUAAAACAACCAACAUUGGUGGAAGAGAAAAAACCAGAUAAAGAUCACAUACUUCAAAAUAUAAAAGAAACCGAUAUGAAGGAUGGAAGUGUACAAAUUAUUAAAGAACAUGUGACUAAUUGUGCAUUUACUUUUCAAAAUUCUUUGUUGUUUGAUUUGGAUUAAUUUGGAAAUUUUAUCACAUUCAAGAUAUACUAUAAAAUCCUUAGAUUCAUAAUAGAGAAUGAUAUCUAACAUUUAGCACAUAUCUAAAUUCUCUUAGCAUCAAAUUCAGAAUCUGGCAGGAACUACUGGUUCUGAGUAGUUCUGAUGCUAAGAGAAAAUGAUAAUAAAAUAUUUACCUGUUUACUUUUACAAGUGACUAUUUAACAGCAGUUUCAACCAUUAGCUAUAUUAGAUCCUUUUAGUUUUUAAAUUAGUAUUAAAUACUAAUAUUAAGUAAAUUUAAAAAUUCCCCUAAGAUUUUUCUAAA